CCCCCCCCCCCCACUAUAUUUGGAUUUAAAACAACGAGGUCAGGCGCGAUUGCACAGUUUGAUGCAGCAUCCAUCUUCUAUACAGCUCGGACUUGUAGCACCACAAAACAACAAAGGUGAGACAAGCGCAACAUGAUUCUGUUGUAUAUUUGCACUGUCGUCGCGCUGUUCCUGCCUCAGCGCACACACCAGUUCUGCACAGUGGGCUCCCCCAAGGAGUGUCUGCAGGCGGACAUGGCUCCAGGUACCAAUCUGGCCGGGGAAGGCUUCGACAUAACCGAGUUGAGGCGCAAGGGAGCCUUUGUUUUGGACAUGAAUUCGUGGAAACGCAAAGACAAAAGCUGCACCCUGUGUAGCAACCUGUUCCUGGAGAAGGUAAAGCAGAAACUUCCGCUGUCUGUGGUGGAUUGGAGGCCAAAGCAGUCCUGCAACCACAAGGUGGCCAGCACCGUUUACCGCUCCAGCGAGGCUCUCGUCAACUCCGUCAGCUCUCUCGUGGAAAACAACUGGAAGUCCGGUCUGGACUUGACUGUUAAGGACUACGAGGCAAAAGUCACGCUGGCCGGCACCGAGUCCAAACUGGCCAAGUCCUCAAUGGAGAAAUCAAAGCGUGACAGGUACAGCUUCACCAGCCAACAAGUCUCCUGCGAGUACUACAGCUACCGGGUGUCCAGUCAGCCUCGACUGCACAGUGAAUUUCGAAAAGCGUUGAAGGCGCUUCCAAAGACCUUCAGCCCUCAAUACAAGCAACGUUUUUACAGACUGAUCGACAACUUUGGCACCCAUUACAUCACAAAGGUGAAACUGGGAGGCUCGGUCCAGUCCGUGACCAGCGUCAAGCAGUGCCAGGCCAGCCUGCAGGGCCUCAACGUGGACGAGGUCAACAUGUGCCUGGAGGCCGAAGCUUCGGCCACCAUUAAAGCCACCACCUUAAACGCUCAGGGCAAACACUGCAAGAAUGACAUGGACAAGACGGAGAGCAAGGCGGCCUUCUCCAGCCUCUUUAACGACAGGACGACACACAUAACGGGGGGUCACACCAUGGAGAUGGACCUUCUCUUUUCUGCCGACAAAGAUCCAUCCGCCUACAAGGAAUGGCUCGAGACGCUGCCUCGCUAUCCGGACAUUAUAUCGUAUUCGCUAGAGUCUCUGCACGAGCUGCUGCCGACUGACACUGACGUUCGGAAGAACCUGCGCUUGGCCAUAAGCCACUACAUCCUGGAGCGGGCUCUGCUGAGGAACUGCAGCGGGAAUUGCCAGGCCGGCGUCAAAAGCAAUUCGCGGGACCCCUGCGUCUGCCAGUGCCAUAACGAACGCGGUGUCAACCCGGACUGCUGCCCGACCCAGAGGGGCACGGCCCGGGUCAUCAUCACUGUCCAACGGGCCGAGGGUCUUUGGGGCGAUCACAACACGGCCACUGACGGCUUCGUCAAGGUGAUUUUCAACAAGCAGGUGCAGUAUUCGCACGUCAUUCACAACAACAACAACCCCCAUUGGAACAGCGUCGUGGACCUGGGCACUCAGGACUUGUCGGCGGCCCCAAAAGUCCGAUUUGAAGUUUGGGAUGAAGAUAGCGGCUGGGACGACGACCUUCUGGGAAAAUGCGAGCAAGUACUGACGGCGGGCGUGAAGACGGACGUGUGCGCCAUGUACCAUGGACGCUUUUUCUACAAGUGGGAAGUGGAAUGUGCACCCAGCCUGGGUGGCACCCGGUGCACCGACUACAAGGCCACACCCAUGAGCCAAAGUUUGAUGAGCUCAUAUGUAUCCCGCCACGCUCACCCUCUUCCACGAGCCAUCCUGCAAAAGAUGGGCGUCUACGUGAACAGUCGGAGCCCAACCACAAACCGGAGUCAGGCUGAUGUGCUUCCUACAACCAAGUUAGAGAAACCAAGAAAGUCAGAGUGAGUUUCACCAAUUUGCCCAACUUGUCACUGGCUAAUUGACUGCUGUGAGUUCUUUGGAAAAGACAUCUUCAUGUUUUCCAUCAUGAGAGAGGAAGUGGUGAUAUUUCCUGUGAACAAAUGAGCGGCGUACUGUGAAACCUUAUUCACCCUCGGCUGGAAUCAAUACAAAGUCAAUGUGU